AUGUUUGGUUUCUUGGGCCUGGGCCCAAGCUCAAGAUCUACGAUGAUUCUGGUCGUUGCGAUUCUUUUGCUUAGCCAUUUUACGCCUGUGGUUCUUGGGUUGUCUACGGCUGCGGGCUCGCCAUGCGAGAGUGUCUGCCAUCGAGAGACAACCAACACAACCUCGUCUGAAAUUGUCUGUUUGGACCGCCAGUACAACGGUACAACGAAGGGAAACAAUUUCCAGUCUUGCGUUGAUUGUCAAUUGAAAAGCUCCUACGUCGAUUCGACAACCCAGGAGACAGAUGUGCAAUGGGGCCUUUAUAAUCUUCGAUAUGCUUUUACCAGCUGCGUCUACGGAUUUCCCCAGCAGGUAGCCAAUAUAUCGUCACCUUGUGUCGUUUCUUGCGAUACGUUGAGUCCGGCGCUUAACAACAAUCUGCUCAGCCCGGAUGAAAGCACCUUUGAUACCCUCUGCGGCUCGACGGCCUUUGCCGAUAAUGUGAUCGACACCUGCCAGUUUUGUUAUAAUCUGACCACCACCCAGGUGUACCUGGCGAACUUCCUCGAGUCCAUUCGGUACAACUGCCACAUUCGUAAUCCUACCGGUACUGCGUUCGACAUUAGUCCUGGGAGAAUCUUCACGCAGUCGCUGCUUCCUUCAACACUCGCAUUCCAAAACUCGGGCUCAUCUGGAAACACAAAUCUCGCCUUGGUCAUUGCUCUUCCGAUCAUGGGCUUCGUGAUUCUGGUAGGCGCCAGUGCGAUGUGCUGCUUUUUCUUUAUCCGCUGGCGUCGGAGGGAGGCUCGUAGAAAGCGUCAUUCAGACCAUCUGCAUGCGCGCUGGCACGAUACGACCAUCACAACCCCGGGUAACUGGGGUGAAUAUCCCCAAGAAUACCCUCACCAGCAGGGCAUGUAUAGCCCGGCGAUGUACCCUGGUGGUUAUGGGCCGGGCUUCGGCUUCGUCGAUACCGAUGGACAUGGGCAGAAUGUGGGAUAUGCCAAGUCCAAUUUUGCAGAACCGGGUGUAGCAGUGUCGACGAUGGGCCCUUCUGCCGAGCACGAGAAGGAUGAAAUCACACAUUCUCAUGCGGUGCCGAAACAAUGA